AUGGAUCAUCAAAACACCGACAUCCCCAUGCUGGGGUGCCCGAUAUGUCCUUUUACAGACUCUGACGAAAACUUCAUCAUCGAUCAUGUCGAAUAUUGCCAUCCUGAUCAUACCAGAGUAACGAACUCGACCGCAUUAUACGAUCACGCAGAAGACAGUGUUCCUAGAGACAUGUCUUCUCACAUGGGACUAUUGCCAGAUCAAACUGCUCGUAUCCAGGACCCUGGAGCGUCUGGUGAACAUAGAUCCAAAGGGUCUGCCAAGGGUCUGCCAAAUGCAAUCAACAAUAAUUCGGAUAGAAAUGCAGCUGCCUUGGAAAAUAUACCCUCUGGGCGCGUGAAAAAGCUUAAACGUUCAGAACUAGGGCCCUAUGCCAAUGAGAAGCAGAUGCCUUCCUGGCUUCGAAAAUUGCUCGAAAGGGGUGCCAAGCGAACACGUUCAAAUAGAAUCGCGCCAGAUGGCACUCUUCAUAAGUAUGAAUCCGUUGAAAAUGAGACUCCCGGUAUCGUUCCAGUGCUUGCUCGACUAUGCAGGCAGGAUAAGUCAGUCGGACGUGCUUUUCUUUGCAAUCCCAAUGUCUACCACGUGUCUAAGAUGUCGAUGGAAGGGAGCUUCUGCGGCUAUAGGAAUAUUCAGAUGUUGAUAUCAUACAUCAAAGAAUGCCAUUGCCCAGGGCACGAAUACUUUCCCGGGCUUUUACCAACCAUUUUACAGCUUCAGGAUAUGAUUGAACGGGCAUGGGACUUGGGAUUCAACAACGUGGGCCGACUUGAAACAGGAGGGAUUCGUGGCACUAGAAAAUUCAUUGGGACACCUGAGGUAAGGCUAGCUUACCAAAGAAGAAGAUGUGUAUACAUUCUAAUCGGCUGUGCUGACCCGAGGAUCAGGUGCGAAGCAUCCAGCAUUGGAAAUACAAAAGAGACUCGAGCACACGAUGCUUUGUUGAAAACCAUCGCAGCGUACUUUCGCGGUCCUCAUCCCAUGGAGACAGACGAUAAAGUCAUUUUAACAAGCUUACCACCCGUCUAUCUCCAGCACCAUGGCCAUUCUUUGACCAUUGUUGGAUUUGAGGUUCGAGACAACGGUAAAGCAAACCUUUUGGUUUUCGACCCAAUGUUGAAAACAUCGCGUGUAAUGAAACGUCUAAGAAGUGCAUCUGAAAAAGUCGUUGAUCCUACUCGCAUUUUGAAAGGAUAUAGAAGAGGAGCGAAGUACCUCCAAAGGUAUAAGGCGUUCGAGAUACUAAAUAUGCGCACGUCUCCAAAUGUGAUCAUAACAGGGACUCCCGGAGUAGGGAAGACUGUCCACUGUGAGCAAAUAGCGCAAGACACAGGCUUGCGGCACUUAUCUAUCAACCAGGUCGCAAAAGACCGCGGUUGUUUCGAGUCAUACGAUGAGGAGUUAGAAACCUGGGUUGUGGAUGAGGAUAAACUUUUGGACGCUAUUGAAGAGGAGGUCUUACAAGGCGGCUAUUUAAUCGAUUGGCAUGCUUGUGAUCUGUUUCCGAAAUCGUGGAUAGACCUCGUUGUGGUUUUGCGAUGUCCAUCUACGUCAAUUCUCUAUGACCGUCUCUCAACAAGGGGUUAUAAACAGGAAAAGCUGCAAGAGAACAUGGAUGCAGAGAUAUUCGGUGUUCUAGUCGAGGAGGCUCGCGAGGCAUAUGAUGAAGAAAUCGUCGUCGAGUUGAAUAGUGAAAAAGAUGACGAUGUAGACAACAAUUGUGCGCGGAUUUCAAGUUGGGUAGAAAGAUGGAGGAUUGACCAGACAGACAAUAAUUGA